AUGGAGCCCAGUCCCUCGAUCCCCGUGGCCAAAGGUCCUUACAAGCCCGCUGACAGAUUGUGCCCCGUGUCGGUCCUUGGAGGAGGACUUCAGCAUCUGUCUAGCCCAGGGUCUCGGCCUUCCGUGACACCUUUCAGCUGCGUUGCUGGGGCCUGGGUGAAUUUUCAUGGCUCAGGCAACAGGAAGAGCUGCUGGGUGGAGCGGACGCGUCUGGAGAGGUUCCUCCUGGUCCUGGCGGGGGCUCUGGGGCUCAGCCUCCUGCUCUGCAUCUUCGUCCUGCUGUUCCAGUACCGAACCCGGCCCUGCCUGACCGAAUCCUGCGUCUUGGUGACCAGCGCCAUCCUGAGCUCCCUGGACCAGACCGUGGACCCCUGCGAGGACUUCUUCCACUACGCUUGUGGCGGCUGGAUCAAGACCAACCCCCUGCCUGACGGCCACUCCCGCUGGGGCACCUUCAACAAGCUCUGGGAGCAGAACCAGGCCGUCAUGAAGCACCUCCUGGAGAACACCACGGCCGGCACUCUGAGCGAGGCGGAACGCAAAGCCCAGCGCUACUACCAGUCCUGCAUGAACGAGACCAAGAUUGAGGAGCUGAAGGCGGAGCCCCUGGUGGACCUGAUCCGGAAGCUGGGGGGCUGGAAUGUCACCGGCCCCUGGGAGGAGGACAGCUUCAAUCAGACCCUGCUGGCGCUGGCCGCCUACCACCACAUCUCGCCCUUCUUCUCCCUCUACGUCAGCGCCGACUCCAAGAACUCCAGCAGCAACAUCAUUCAGGUCGACCAGUCAGGCCUGGGCCUGCCUUCCAGGGAUAACUAUCUGAACAAAACCCAAAACGAGAAGGUGCUGGCAGGGUACCUGAACUUCAUGGUGCAGCUGGGCAUGCUGGUGGGGGGGCAGGAUGAGGCCACCGUCCGGCAGCUGAUGCAGCAGAUCCUGGAUUUUGAGACCGCCUUGGCCAACAUCACCACUCCCCAGGAGAAGCGUCGGGACGAGGAGGCCAUCUACCACAAGAUGACGGCCGGGGACCUCAAGACCCUGGCUCCUGCGGUCGACUGGAUGCCCCUCCUCAACGCCGUCUUCUACCCGGUGGAGAUCAACGCGUCGGAGCCAGUGGUGGUCUAUGCCAAAGAAUACCUUGAGCAAGUCUCCAGCCUCAUCUUCACCACAGACAAGCGCCUCCUGCACAACUACAUGAUUUGGAACCUGGUGAGGAAGACCUGCAGCUUUCUGGACCAGCGUUUCCAAGAUGCUGAGGAGAAGUUCAUGGAGACCAUGUAUGGGACAAGGAAGACCUGCCUGCCCCGCUGGAAGUUCUGCAUCAGCGACACGGACAACAGCUUGGGCUUCGCUCUGGGCUCCAUGUUUGUGAAGGCCACCUUCGCAGAGGACAGCAAGGCCAUCGCGGAAGAAAUGAUUGCGGAGAUCAAGGCGGCCUUUGAGGAGAGCCUGGCCAAGCUGCCGUGGAUGGACGAGGAGACGAGGAGCGCGGCCAAGGAGAAGGCAGACGCCAUCUAUGACAUGGUCGGCUACCCCAAGUUCAUCCUGGACCCCAAAGAGCUGGACAAAGUCUUUGCUGAUUACGACGCUGUGCCUGACCUCUACUUUGAAAACGUCAUGCAGUUCUCCAACUUCUCUGCCCGCGUGACAGCAGACCAGCUCCGGAAGCCCCCGAACCGCAACCAGUGGAGCAUGACACCCCCGACCGUGAACGCCUACUACUCCCCUACCAAGAAUGAGAUUGUCUUCCCCGCAGGGAUUCUGCAGGCGCCCUUCUACACCAAGAGCUCCCCCAGGGCGCUCAACUUUGGUGGAAUCGGCGUGGUGGUGGGCCAUGAACUGACUCACGCCUUCGACGACCAAGGCCGUGAGUACGACAAGGACGGCAACCUCCGCUCCUGGUGGAAGAACUCCUCGGUGGAGGCCUUCAAGCAGCAGACGGAGUGCAUGGUGGCCCAGUACGGCAACUACUCCGUCAACAGGGAGGCCAUCAACGGCAGGCACACCCUGGGGGAGAACAUCGCCGACAACGGGGGGCUCCAGGCUGCCUAUCGGGCCUAUCAAAACUGGGUGACAAAACACGGGGAGGAGGAGACCCUGCCGACCCUCGGCCUCACGAACCACCAGCUGUUCUUUGUGGGCUUUGCUCAGGUCUGGUGUUCCGUGCGGACCCCCGAGAGCUCCCACGAAGGACUCAUCACCGAUCCUCACAGCCCCUCCCGCUUCCGAGUCAUCGGCACCGUCUCCAACUCGAGGGCCUUCGCGGAGCACUUCCGGUGCCCGUCCGGCUCUCCCAUGAACCCCCGGCAGAAGUGCGAAGUCUGGUGACUUCUGUGUCCAGGCGGGCAGAGCACCUGACGGAGGAGACUCCGCACCGGCUCAGGAUCGCAUCCUUCAGGAAGCAAAGUGGACCCGGCACCUUGUGGGCAGAGAGGACCGGCUCUCCGGCCCGCCUCCCGGAGCACACCCCGUCCGCAGGCACUGACCGGCACGCGCGCUUUCUUCACGCCCGGCGAGCAAGCGCAGCCCAGCGCUUCCCCAGCCAUUUUAAAGGGAGAAUCACUUUUUAAAAACAGGCAGCGCAUCUAACUGCUCCGGUUCAAAACAACGCACAAACACGUGCGGCUGGAUAAACACACACACCAAAAACCUGCUGUGAGAUGUACUUUUCGGAAACUGUUUUUAUUUUUUUUUUAAAUCUUGUGGAACACUGGAAAC